GCGAUGAAGAAGACUCCUGUUGGGAGUCUACUUCUUCUUGAGUUCGCUGGACAGAAUCCGACUUUGAAGCGGAUUCCCCCAUCCUUCCAGCUUUAUUUAGAGCCUGCCACCUCCCUUCGACCCUCACCGGUGAUCCCAGUCUUUAAUCUGAGCAUAGCCGCCAGUUUCGUCGCUUGUUUUCCUCCCAACCGUCGGCUGCCACCACAACCGUGACCGUGGUCAACCGUCUCCGAAAGCCAGGAGGCACUUUCUCUGAAAAAAAUUUUCGAUGCAGUAUGGCUGAUUGGUCUGAACUUCCAAAUGAUAUACUUGGACUUAUUGCAGAUCGAUUAUUAUUCCUCCUAGAUUUGUAUCAUUUUGCUUCCGUCUGUAAAUCAUGGAGGCCGAUUGCACUAGAAAAACGUCACCUCUCAUGUCAAAGACCUCCCUUGUUGAUGCUACCAUACGAGGAGGACUCCGCAACUUGCAGCUUUAUUAGCAUUUCUAAUAUGGAGAUAUGCAAGAUUUUUUUGCCAGAGCUUCGCAAUAAGUGGUGUUGCGGAUCAUCUUAUGGAUGGUUGUUUACAAUGGAUGAUGAUUUAGAGAUAUAUCUCUUGAAUCCACUUUCAAGAGUGCAAGUAAAACUUCCACCACAUCCAAUGUUUCCUGACAUAAUUCGACGAAGAAAGGCGCUUGGAGAGAAGUCGGAUAUAUGGAAAUAUGAAAUAAUCCACAAAGUGAUGCUAUCUGAUGAUCCCAUUUCAAACCCUAAUUUUCUCAUCAUGGCCAUCGUCUCAGAAUAUGAUGAAUGCACCUUCUGUAGGCCAGGUGACAAGACAUGGACUUCUUUCAAGGACUGGUUUAAACACUAUCGAUGCUUUUGCAAUGCAGCAAUCUAUGAUGAAAAAAUUUAUGCAGUCUGUAUUAACUCCAUUGGUGUGGAAUUUAAUAUUAACACUCUUUCUGUGGCACAAUUGGUUUUAGAUAUUCCACAUGCUAGAAAAGACGUCGAGGACAUAAGGUAUGUGGUGAAGUCUGGAGAAGAAAUAUUAUAUAUCUUAAGGUAUUGGACAAUAAUUCCUCAUGAUGAAGAUGGACAAGAACAACUCCAAGAUAGUGGUAACGAUGAUGAUUCAAAUGAUGAUGAGGAUAAUGAUGACGACGAUGAUGAUAGUGAUGAGGAGGAGGAUGAGGAGGACGGCAACUACUUUCGGACACCUUUUUAUAGAACAGUUGGAUUCGAUGUUUAUAAAUUGGAGCUAUUAAAACCAGGAUAUGAGUGGAUUGAGGUAAAAAGCUUGGGGGAUCGUGCUUUAUUCUUGGAUCGUGGUCAUUGUUUGUCCAUUUAUGCAUCUGACUCUAACAAAUGCAAGGCAAAUUGCAUCUAUUUCUUGGAUGAUAACUUCUAUGACUGUAUGAGGACGAUUCCUAGAUGCAGUGAUACAGGUAUAUUCAACAUGGUGGAUGGUAGUAUCGAGCCUCUUCCUAUUGCUCCCCUUUGGUCGACUCCAGCUAUCUGGCUUACCCAAUAAUUAUGUUGAAUGGGUAUUUUGUUUUGAUAUUUUUUUUUCUAUAUUUUUGAGUUGCCUUAUAUAUUAUAGAAAAAA